AUGGAGACCGAGAAGCCUGUUUCUCCAGAAGAGCCUUUCUCUCACCCCACUGUGAUUCUGCCUGGCAUGUCUUAUGAGAGUGAUGACGAGGUGGUCCUGCAGUGUUCUGCCACAGUCCACAAGGAGCAGCAGAAGCUGUGUCUGGCAGCAGAGGGCUUUGGAAACAGACUCUGCUUCCUCGAGUCAACAUCCAACUCUAAGAAUGUCCCUCCAGACCUGUCCAUCUGUACGUUUGUCCUGGAGCAGUCCCUGUCAGUACGGGCCCUGCAGGAGAUGCUGGCCAACACAGAGGAGAAGGCAGAAGGGAAAUUCAUGAUGAAGACGGCCCAGGGAGGGGGCCACCGCACCUUACUGUACGGACACGCUGUCCUGCUACGACACUCCUACAGCGGCAUGUACCUGUGUUGCCUAGGCACCUCCCGAUCCUCAACCGACAAACUGGCGUUUGACGUUGGACUGCAGGAAGACACAACAGGAGAGGCGUGCUGGUGGACCAUUCACCCUGCCUCCAAGCAGAGGUCGGAGGGAGAGAAGGUCCGAGUGGGGGAUGACCUCAUCCUAGUUAGCGUGUCAUCAGAGCGAUACCUGCACCUAUCGUACGGUACCGACAGCCUGCAGGUGGACGCAGCAUUCCAGCAGACUCUCUGGAGCGUAGCUACUGUCUGCUCCGGCAGCGAGGUGGCCCAAGGGUUCAUGAUCGGCGGGGACGUGCUGAGGCUGCUCCAUGGUCACAUGGAUGAGUGUCUGACGGUGCCAUCAGGGGAACACGGGGAGGAUCAGCGCAGGACGGUGCACUACGAGGGGGGAGCUGUGUCCAUCCACGCCCGCUCCCUCUGGAGACUGGAGACACUACGAGUGGCGUGGAGUGGCAGCCACACUCGCUGGGGCCAACCCUUCCGGCUCCGUCAUGUGACCACAGGGAAGUACCUCAGUAUCAUGGAGGAUAAGGGUCUGUUGCUGAUGGACAAGGAGAAGGCUGACGUCAAGUCUACUGCUUUCUGCUUCCGCCCCUCCAAGGAAAAGCUGGACUUGGGGCCAAAGAGGGAGGUGGAUGGCAUGGGUGUUCCUGAUAUCAAGCAUGGAGACUCAGUGUGCUAUAUCCAACACGUUGCCACCUGUCUGUGGCCUCACUACCAGGCCAUGGACGCUAAGUGUGCACGCAUGGGCGGCGUGCAGAGAAAGGCCAUCAUGCACCACGAGGGUCACAUGGACGAUGGGCACCUGUCCCGCUCACAGCACGAGGAGUCCCGCACCGCACGGGUCAUACGCAGUACUGUCUUCCUGUUCAACCGAUUCAUCAGGGGUCUGGACACCCUCAGUAAAAAAGGAAAUACCUCGACACUAGACCUGCCGAUUGAGUCGGUCAGUUUGAGUCUUCAGGAUCUGAUUGGCUACUUCCAGCCUCCCGACGAACACCUGGAGCACGAGGACAAACAGAACCGCCUCCGAGCCCUGAAGAACAGACAGAACCUCUUCCAGGAAGAGGGUAUGAUAAACCUGGUGUUGGAGUGUAUCGAUCGUCUCCACGUGUACAGCAGCGCGGCUCAUUUUGCUGAGGUGGCGGGGAGGGAGGCCGGGGAGGCCUGGAGGUCCACGCUAAACUCAUUAUAUGAGCUACUGGCUGCGUUGAUAAGGGGCAACAGGAAGAAUUGUGCCCAGUUCUCUGCCUCGUUGGAUUGGUUGAUCAGCCGGCUAGAGAGACUGGAGGCCUCGUCUGGUAUCUUGGAGGUGCUUCACUGUGUCCUGGUGGAGAGUCCUGAAGCUCUGAACAUCAUCAAAGAGGGACACAUCAAGUCAAUAAUCUCUCUGCUAGACAAACAUGGACGCAACCACAAGGUUCUGGACGUGCUCUGUUCUCUGUGUGUGUGUCAUGGUGUGGCGGUGCGGUCCAACCAGCACCUGAUCUGUGACAACCUGCUACCUGGCAGAGACCUGCUGCUGCAGACACGACUUGUCAAUCACGUCAGCAGCAUGAGGCCUAACAUCUUCCUGGGUGUGAGUGAAGGCUCCGCCCAGUACAGGAAGUGGUAUUACGAGCUGAUGGUAGACCAGGUGUUACCGUUCGUUACGGCCGAGGCCACACAUCUAAGAGUGGGCUGGGCCACCACUGACGGCUACCAGCCCUACCCCGGGGGAGGAGAGGGCUGGGGGGGAAACGGGCUCGGGGACGACCUGUACUCCUACGGCUUCGACGGCCUGCACCUGUGGUCAGGCUGCAUCGCCAGGACAGUGAGCUCUCCCAAUCAACAUCUCCUCCGUGUGGAUGACGUGGUCAGCUGUUGUCUGGACCUCAGCGCUCCCAGUAUAUCCUUCCGUAUCAACGGUCAGCCCGUCCAGGGGAUGUUCGAGAACUUCAACUCUGAUGGACUCUUCUUCCCUGUAGCCAGCUUCUCCGCUGGGGUCAAAGUGCGUUUCCUGUUGGGUGGUCGUCAAGGAGAGUUUAAGUUCCUGCCCCCGCCGGGCUACGCCCCGUGUUUCGAGGCUGUGCUACCCAGGGAGAAGCUGAGAGUGGAACACAGCCAGGAGUACAAGGAGGACCACAGUGAGACCAGGGAUCUACUGGGUCCCACCAUCACCCUGUCCCAGGCUGCCUUCACCCCUACACCUGUUGACACCAGCCAGGUUGUUCUGCCUCCUCACCUGGAGAGGAUCAGGGAGAAGCUGGCAGAGAACAUCCAUGAGCUGUGGGUGAUGAACAAGAUUGAUCUGGGCUGGACCUAUGGAGCUGUACGGGACGAUAACAAGCGGCAGCAUCCUUGUCUGGUGGAGUUCUCCAAGCUUCCUGAGCAGGAGAGGAGCUACAACCUACAGAUGUCUCUGGAGACUCUCAAGACUCUCUUGGCCCUGGGUUGCCACGUGGGGCUGGCUGAUGAGCAUGCUGUGGAGAAUGUGAAGAACCUCAAGCUCUCCGCCACUUAUGAGCUGUCUAGUGGCUACAAGCCUGCUCCUAUGGACCUGGGCCACAUCAAGCUGGCCUCUACCCAGGAGGCCAUGGUGGACAAGCUGGCGGAGAACGCUCACAAUGUGUGGGCCAGGGACCGCAUACGCCAGGGCUGGACCUACGGCAUCCAGCAGGUGUGUCACCCAAAGGAUGUGAAGAAUCGUAGGAACCCCCGCUUGGUUCCGUACACUCUGCUGGACGAGAGGACCAAGAAGUCCAACAAGGACAGUCUGAGGGAGGCUGUCCGCACCCUGCUGGGGUACGGAUACAACCUGGAGGCUCCGGAUCAGGACCAUGCAGCGAGAGCUGACAUCGGUAGCAUGUCUGCUGAGCGGUUCCGUAUCUUCCGAGCCGAGAAGACGUACAGUGUGAACGCUGGGAAGUGGUACUUUGAGUUUGAGGUGUUGACGUCGGGGGAGAUGAGGGUCGGCUGGGCACGGCCCGGCUGUCUACCUGACCAGGAGCUGGGCUCUGACCACCACGCCUUCGUCUUCGACGGAUUCAAGGUGAGUCAGAAUGUGAUUGAUUGA